ACUUGAAAAGCUGCGAGUGUAUAGGCGACAAAAUUAUCACGAUGAAGGUACUAUCCAGCCUGGUCCUCAUAGCCUUGAUUUCAGCCGUCUUUGCAGGGUGCGGUCCAUCCUGCCCGGAUGGGUACCUCAACUGGGAACACGACUGCUACAAGCUUUACGAUGUUCAAAAGACCUGGGCCAAUGCUGAACAACAUUGUGUAGCCGACGGGGCCCACUUGGCGUCAAUCCACUCGGCCGCCGAGGACAACUUUCUAAACCUCCUAUCCCAGCAGGGCACGGCCGGGAGCAAGCACACCUGGAUGGGCUUGAACGACCACGCGACGGAAGGAAGCUUCGUGUGGACCGACGGUUCUCCUUGUGACUACUUCAACUGGCACAACGCAGAGCCCAACAACGCUGGAGCCGGGGAACAAUGCGGGGAGAUCAACUUCUUCGCCCUGGACGGCACCUGGAACGAUCAUUUCUGCAGUCGGACCCAUCGGUUCAUCUGCAAGAUACCUCCAAGUUAUCAUUAAACGGCGCAAAAGUGAUGACCCAUCACCGCCGCCCUAUAAAUUGAUAGUUCUAUAGUUUAUCAUGAGCAAGUAAGAGAGAUGACACAGAAACAAUGCAUUGCUGGCUGGAGACGUGGGUUUAAUCUACGUUUCGAGACAGUAAAACUGCUCUUCUUCAGGAAUCUAUACAAGUGAAAAAAAAAAUAAUAUUAACAGAGCGUAAACAAAAUGAACAUAAACGACAAUAACAGAACUUAUAACAAGUGGGAUAAUUGUUGUGAUUGUGAGUUUAUCAUGAGUAUACUUUUAAGCCACAUAGAUUUGCGAAACAUGUCAUUGUAUACAUUUUAAUUCAAACUCAUGAUAAGAAUUGUUAAGCUUUUCAGAAUUCGUUUCGGACCUCAUUGACUUAAACAAAAGGUGAAAGUCCACCUUAGGCCUAUGUAAAGAAAUCACAAGAUUCAAGCUAGGGGUAUUUCAUCACUUGUUAGUGUGAAUUCACAACACAAUCUCUUUGAUUUGAUUCAAGAUCUUUAGAACUCAAAGGAAGAAAAAAAUAAAGA